ACACAAGAUCCUUCCGCAAGUUGAUCGUGGGGUAUUCGCUCGUGAUAAUGGAACGUGUGCGGGGAACUGUGGGAACAGCCUGGGAACUGUUGCCUCUGCCUCAAUUGCCGAAUGGACGAAGAUAGCUGUGAAGAUCUUUCUACUAGCUAGUACGGCUGUACUUGGCCGGGAGGCUGGACGCUCCCGUUUUUGUGGCUUCCGUUUUUGUGGCUUCGGUUUUUCUUUCACAAUUUUUCUUCCUCGCCACACGAGGCUCAUUUUCUGCUCUUCCCUCUCUCCACAAUCAAUCUCACAACGAUGAGCACUGCAUUUGCCCCCAUGUCGUCUCCUCUGGAACCCAUGAACGUCGUUCAAGCCGAGAAAUUGACUCGCAAGAGCAUCAAGAAGUACUUUCCUCUUGGCCCCAUCAUGGCCAAGGGCAACAGCAACCCCAUUACGCUGCACUCCGUCAACGAAGAAGUCUUUCCUCGUCUCUGGUCACUCAUGGCAGAGGUCAUGGUCGUCGAGGGCGAGUUGCCUCGUUCCGUCAAGGAAGAAAUCGCCCUCCUCGUCUCCACCAAGAAUCAUUGUCCCAUGUGCUGCACUGCGCAUCGAAUGAUGGGAACUGCUGCCAAGCGCGCCGAAAAGACCAAGGAUCAGGAAAAGAUUGCCCGUCAAGAAGCCCUCUUCAAGGCUGCCAUGGCAUACGCCGAGAAGCUCAUUGAAGAUACCAUGAAUGCUCAACCCGAUCAAGACCUCAAUGGAUACGACAGUGUCAUGGAGAUUUGCAGCACCAAUCUGGCACCCGCCAGCAAGACGCUAGAAGAAGAACAAGACCAAGGUCCCCUCACAGCAGCUGGCAAGGCCGAAGUGGCCAUGGUGGUCGUGCUCUACUUUCACAUGAACCGCAUCAUCUCGGCAGUGCUGGGUGAGCAAAUGUCGGCCGCCAUGUUUAGCGUCCCCGAAGGAGCUGCCAAAAAGAUGGAAAGCCGAAGUGUCAUGUCUGUUGUUAACAAGAUGAUGGCUCCUGUCCUGUCGGGAGGCAUGAAAGCCAAGCGCAAGCCCGGUAUCACAUCCUCUCUUUUCCCCGAGGGAUCCAGCUGCCUCGAGUUCUUGCCCGAGCAUCUCAAGGGCGCCGAGCUUGCGGGUGAAGAACGAGCCAACGCCCUGUCCCGACUCUAUGUGUGGAGUGUGAUCUAUGAGCAACAGCUCGUCAAUGAAGGAAUCAUGACUCCAGAGAUCCUUGCCGUUCUGGACGACCCCGAAAACUGUCCUCCUCCUCGCAUGCGAACACACCAAAUAGCUCACUGGGCUACUGUGGAGAUGCGACAUGUCGUGGGUGAACUGGAGGGAGAAACCAGUCGAGCCAUUGCCAAUGUCCUCUUGUUGGUCAGCUACACACCCCAGAGCGUAUUUAACAGUAUUCACUGGAAGACAUUGAACAAGGCUUUGGGGGGACCCACUUCCAAGGCACUGGCCAUCUGGUGGUCUCUGCGAUUGACCUUCAAGAAGAGUCAAGGUCUGCGAUCACCGUUGGACUUGUCCGCAGGGUCCGGAUGGUAACUAACGGAAAUGAAAGAAGUGCCCUCAUCAUCGGUUGGUUGAAAGGAACAAGCAAUACACAGUAAUUACAUGAAAUAGCAUUACGUUUUACAUCUU